CUUUGGCUUAUCAUGCAAGAAUCAUCCAACUUGUCUUCAUUCUUACAGGGAAUUCCUACUGGAAACAACACUUGAGCGAGACCGGAGCAGCGUGCUAGCAUAUUACGGACCAAUACAUUGCAUCAAAAAUAAUCAAGAUUAAUAAUACAGCAAGAAUCAUCAUGUCUACACCAGAAAAAACACGGGCUGAGGAAAUGCCGGAGAUAAACGUAGAUACUGUUCUACCAGCAAUUGAAUCCUUUUUUAGAAGGAUUACAACGGAUCAAUGGAGGUUGUUGAAAUUAGGCACCCCUGAUAUUGCCACUGAAAUACUGUUGGCAGAGCUAAUUUUGGAAAUAAUUAAAUCUGUGUCAGCAGCCUUGUUGAAGGCAAUUAGCAAAAAUGUAGUUGUGACUGAAGAGAGUGUUCAGUUCAGUAUGGGAAACAUGCUCUCUCAGUGUUUCGGUAAGGUUUUAGACGCCCCGUGUGUCAGCUCAAAAGGCUUGACAAACUUGGUUGCUAAAGAGGUUGCAGAAAAUGUCAACUCUGCCCUCUCCACUACUGGAGAGCCUGAUAUAACGCAGCAUGUCACUCCUCCACACAGACUAAAUGCUAUGGUUAGUCAUGCCUGCAAAAUGUUGAAGUCAUUUACAUCCAAGAUAAAAAUCUUGUGCACACCUCGACCACAUAGGCAGAGGCAAAAUCUGACCACCUUCUACCGCGACAAAGAUUUGGAAGAUGUGGAUAUGGAUGACAAAAAUGACAGCGCUCCGUCAGUAGUUACUAUUGAACUAGAAACUUCGGAAGGCUCAUCAAAGGUCAGCUCUGAGACCACGACAGUUACAGCCGUCGAAGAUAUCCUUAGGGAUGAGAUGAGCAAGAUAAUGGAACCUCUUUUGGAUGAAGUGCCAGACCUAGAGUAUGAGCAACUGAGAUCUGAAAGCUCUCAGGAGAUUUCAAGUUUUGCAAAAUACAUAUCUCAGUCACUUUCCAAGAGUUUGGACAAGACCGAUGCUGCAGAAAAGAAGAAGAAGCUUAAGCCGUCUAUGGAAGAAAUAAGGAUCCAGAUCAACACCUUUUUUGCAAAGAACUUCGUCAAAAGUUGGAUUUGUCGUAUGCUGGGGCAACUGAAAGCCAAAUUCCACCAGGAAUCCAAAGUUGAAAGUGGGCAGUCAGUGCCGUCACUCCUUGAGGAUAUUGACUCUCUGCUUCAGCCACUGCAGGGUAAAAAAAUACAGGCUGGAAAAGAAGACAAACUGUUACAGCGUCUCAAGAAGUUUUCCAUGGGUAAAGAUUGGACAUUCAUUCAGGCCCUUCGUGACCUCCUCUCCAAUCACUUCUCACCUGGGAUAGUGCGCAAGACUAUCUUAAGACCAAUCAACAAAAAGGAAUUUCGCAGGCCAGUUCCUCAGAUACGUCCAGACAUUGAUGCGGACAUACAGAACAAGAUGUGGAGUUUCAUGGGACUGCUGAGAUGGUGGCUGUACACGAGGGUCAGCGGCCACAGUCAACAAGCUCUAGACCGAUUGGAAAAUGGGUCGGCGUCACCAACAAAGUCACCGGAGCAAAGUGAAGAUGCAACAGCAAAGACAUCAAUGAACAAAGUGGCCACCGCGAUAAUCGUGCAUAGGCUGGUUUCACAGGUAUUCAAGAAGGCAAAAUUGGACUGCACCAUUGAAAAAAGCAAGGACAUUGUUAACCGUCUGAUUGAAAAAUUAUGGGCAGAAGUCAAGGGUGUUGAUUUUGAGAUCAACACAAUAACUGUGAAAACCCUUGACAAGGCCAUUUUCCAAGACCUGUGUAAAAAGUGGGGCAACACAGAAAACAUCCUGCUCUCCAUGACUACAGGAGAACCAGAACUGGAAAACUGCAUCGCCUCCUUUGUCAAAGAUCACCUGAUGAAGUCGUCAAAAAAGCGUAGCAGAAUCGGCAGGUUCUUCUCAUCCGUGGGUAAAGCCUUCGCCAAUAUCUGCAAAUGUGGAAAUAGGGAUGAUGUUGACAUGUGAAAUGUAUUGUAAGCACUAUGUUAGGGUUUCCUCUGGGCGCUCCGAGUGUUUCUCCCAUAUUUCAUUAAUAUUAAUAGAAAUAAUCAUCUUAAACAUAGUAUUUACCUUGAAGGAAAAAAGUGUUUUUUUUCCUUCAAAAUUAAUUCCAUAAAGAGCUCCAGUCCUGCCUUAAAUCCACGUCUCUACCUCGUCCACUGGCCUCCGCCCUUCGUGAUGGAGGGACAGGGGCCAGUGAAGGAGGAGAUUACCUGGAUCGGGGGCAGGACAGGAGCUCUCAGGGUUUCCUCCGGGUGCUCCGAUUCUCCCACAUUCAGUGCAUAUAAACAUCUGAAAACUGAUUCAAUAAAAUUCAAAAGUUAA